GUUUGGAAAUGAACAAGCUCUCGCGUGGGGUCAAAUCGUGGGAUAUGCGGAGUAGCACGCUGAAAAGAAUAAAACCGCUGAAUCAUCCCAAAUGCCAACCUUGUCCAUUAACUUUUAAUGUCUGCAUACACCAACUUUGAAACCGUCAAGGGUGAAUUCAUCGCAGACAAUGUCUUGCAUGUACAGCUCAACCGCCCCAAGAAGCUCAACGCCUUCAACCCUACUCAAGUCAAGGAGGUUAGAAAGAUCUUCCAGAUAAUUCGCGAAGACAGAGAUAUCAGAGCGGUGGUGGUCUCCGGCUCCGGAAGAAUGUUCACUGCUGGAUUGGACCUGUCAGAAAAUGGUCUUGCCAUUAUGGACAAUGGAAUGGAUGUCGCAAGAGCUGCUUUCCAUCGAAGACGUCACAUUGAGGAUUUCCAAGCUGCUUUCACAGCCAUUGAGCAAUGCGACAAGCCUGUCAUUGCAGCUGUUCACAAUGGUUGCUUUGGUGCUGGUGUUGACAUGAUUACUGCUUGUGAUAUCCGCUAUGCCACAAAGGAUUCCUUUUUCUGUGUAAAGGAAGUUGAUGUUGGCUUAGCUGCGGAUGUUGGUACUUUGCAACGUCUACCCAAGGUCAUUGGCAACAACAGUUUGGUGCGGGAAUUGUGUUUCACAGGAAGAAACCUCUAUGCCGAGGAAGCUUUGCAAUGCGGGCUCAUCAACAAAGUUUUGGGAAGUCAAGAGGAGGUCGUUGCUGAGGCUAUCAAGACUGCCAAGUUGAUUGCAUCCAAGUCUCCCGUAGCUGUGGUUGGAACAAAGAACUUGCUCAACUAUUCUCGCGAUCACUCGGUGGCCGAAGGACUUGAAUACACAGUAACAUGGAAUGCCGCUAUGUUGAGUACCGAAGAUAUUCCCCGCUCCGUUGAAGCUUUUGUUACCAAGAAGCCUGCUGUCUAUUCCAAAUUAUAGAUAGACAAAGGUUUAUAAUAAAGAAAAUGCCCAUCGAAGGCAUUGCUUAUUUUUAA